CUUCAAAAGACAUAGACGACUGAUUUUCUACGGUAGCCUACUAACGAUAAUGUUAGCUAGUCAAUACCUAUAUGUAUUCAAGAAAAAUGAAAUGAGAGCGGAAUUUUUGGAUAUUGUCAGUGCUAUGGCAAAUAUUUUUAUUGUUACACAAGGUACAUAUCUACUCAAGUCAUAUUAUAUCAAGAUGACAAUAGUGGCCUAUAAACGUGGUCAAAUAAAAGCAUUGAUAAUGGAAAUUGGUAAAAUAUGGCCGACAGAAAUAGACAAUGAGGAGAAAGAACGCACAUUGAAUUCUUGGACGAGACGUCUUAAGCUCUUCGAUGAUGGGAUAGCAGUCCAUAUGUGCGUAUACGUGUCCUGUGACUUUUUGUUAGUAGACCUCACAUUCGAUUUAAGCGCUUUGUUCAGUUUACUUCGUUUAGACCUAGAAAAUGUCGUAAAAUCUGAUUCGGAAAAUUACAAUAUUCUCAAUGAUGACUGCGAAGACAUCAAAUUUAUAGUUAAAAAACACCAAAAACUAUUAAGUCUUUCAGAAACGUUGAACCAGAUCUUCGAAGUGUCUCUCUUCAGUCACGUAACGACAUCGUCUGUUAUUAUUUGUUGUAAUGUGUUCAUGGCUGUGAAAAGCGAGGGGUUUUUCCUAAGAUAUUUUACCGGUGCAUUGAGCUUAAUGUUUGCAAUAUUUGUAAUAACUUGGCCUGGACAAAUGCUAUGUGAUACGCUAGACCUGGAGACCCGGAGACUUGGAGCGGGCUCAGAUGAUAUGCUGAGGCUGACCGUCGUCCUGGAUGCAGUAGCUGGAGCGGGCUCACGCUUAAGAGCGGAGGCUGAUCGUCGUCAUUUGAGCGGCUGGAGCGGGCUCACGCUUAAGAGCGGAGGCUUAUCGUCGUCCUUUGUAGUUGACGCAGGCUUAACCUUUGCUUUUAUGUUUCAGAGUUAUAACGUAGGAGUUGCAGCAUAUCAAUGCGCUUGGUAUCAAAAAGGCAAGAAAUUUAGGAAAUGCAUAGCCAUAAUUAUUGCGAGGUCUCAAAAAGAAUGCUAUUUGUCAGCUUUGGGAUUUUCAUAUUUAACCCUUGCUAUGUUUUCUAAAAUCAUUACAACAGCCUGGUCGUAUGUCUCACUAUUGAAUCGUAUGUAUGAAGAUACUGGACUGUAAUUUUUAUAUUUACGUUAGCAUUAUUAAGCUUUAUUUUUAAUCAGAUGAAGUU